AUGCCUCCCAAAGGAACCGGUACCAAACCACGAAACUCUUCUCCCAUCAAACCUACUCGAAAACCUUCCAGGACACCCGCAACCGCAAAGAAAGCGAGAGUAUCUGAACCUGCUCCCCCCAAGGCUGGUAAGCGAAAGGCAAUGGACGAGAAAAAUUUUGUGGAUGAUGAGGCAGAUGAAUCGGAGAAAGGGAAUGACGCCAAGAAGAGGAAGGUAGGAAGUCAUGUAGAAGUGGAAGAUGUUGUAGAAGAGGAUACUGUAGUAGUGGAGGAAGAGAAGGUCGAAGAUCAUGUUCGUAAUAACGAUGAUAAGGAGGUAGAUGAAGGAUCACAAGAUAUCUAUAAAGAAGUUUCAAGUAAAUUCCAAUCGAAAUCCAGGAAAAGUAGAAAGUCGAAUUCGAAAUCAUCAAGCAAGAGUAAAGAGCUGAAAAAGCUGGAAGGGAUGUAUGAUGGUGUAUCGACGUUGAUCAUUGAUGAAGAUAUAGUCGGGAAUCGAAAAGCAACCAUAAAUCAACUUACCUCCCUUCUUACCGAUACGGUCAACCAAGAUAUACAAAAUGCCAAGAGGAAAGAUGAGAUAUGGGAUCUCCGCAAUGAACGAUUCAGUGGUUUACAUCGUCAUUAUGAAGAUUUCUUGAAUGGUUAUCAUGGCCCAUUAGAAGUGGUGAUGAAAGACGCUAUUCAAACUUAUGAAGAAAGACCCAAAGAUAUCGAAAAGACAAUUAAAGAGUUUACGAAAGUACAAAAAGAGCGGAUCAAAGAGGAUGAGGAUAAUAUAAUUACUUUACUGGAUUCCAGGAAAAUUGUCCAACAUGCUCGAAAAUAUAUAUUAUCGAUGAUCAAGAAGCCCAAUCAAGAGGGAAAGGAUAGGUAA